UGCCCAGGCUGGUCUCACACUUUUGGGCUCAAGCAGUCCUCCUGUUUCAGACUAGAGAGCAGUGUAUAACAUCAAUCUUGAGGCCAUUUCAAGUGGCUUAUACAGAGACAAUCUGAAAAGCCAUUUUGGAAACAAACACAGCCAUCCUGAAGCCUCCGUCUCUGGAAUACCAUAUAUUGUCAACAUAAGUAUCUCUGAAGACCUUUUUAUAAGGCCAUUCAUUGAAGAACUCUGCAUUAAAGAAUAAUAAUAAGGCUAUUUCAUGUGGCCAAGAAGAGAUUGUUUUGUACAGCCAACUCACAGUAUUAGGAGGCCAUCUUUCCCAGAAGGCUGUGUCCAUCGGUCUCCAAGGCCAAUUUUCAAAGUAGCAGGUAGGCUGCCUUAGGAGGCAGUUUAUGAAGCCACCCUGGGAGGCCAGGUGACAAAGCAGCACACGGGGCCACCGGGGGAACCUGGCUACAAAGCUGCACAUGUGAGGCCUGGCUUUGUAAGGCUGAUGGGCGCCCCGUGAAGGGCCGUUUUCUAAAGUCACCCUGGAGCACCAAUUUACAAAGCCUUUAAUCUGCAUUGCAGGGAACGAGUUUAGAGCCCAUUUGAAACCCUCUGGGAGGCCGCAUUCUAAGGCCAUCAAGAGACAAGCUCACAAAGCUGCUGCAUAGGGCCCCAGUCUCCAUGUACCAAGAACACAUCACUGUACUCCAGCCUGGUUGAUAGAGCAAGACUCCAUCUCAAAAAAGCACUUUGGAAGACUGUUUCAUAGUAAGGCAAUAAAUGGUCGACUGGGAGGCCUUUUACCUGGACUUUAUGAGAAGCCAGGAUAUGAGGCUUCUGAAGUCUCUGGGAUGCUCAAGAUGAGACCUCCAUGUUGCUCUAUAAGAUUCAUGCACGGGACUGACUGAGCCGGCGGUGGCCCAAUGGCUGGAGACACCCACUGCCCCGCAGAGCCCCUGGCUGGAGAAGGCACUCUUUGGGAGGCCCUCAGGGCACUCCUGCCACACACUAAAGAAGACCUGAAGCUGGACCUCGGCGAGAAAGUGGAGCGGAGCGUGGUGAUGCUGCUGGAGCAAGCCACUGAGCUCUUCUACGAGGGCAGGAGGGCCGAGUGUCUGCAGACCAGCGAGGUGAUCCUGGACUACUCCUGGGAGAAGCUCAACACGGGCACGUGGCGGGACGUAGACAAAGACUGGCGCCAGGUCUACGCCAUGGGCUGCCUCCUGAAAGUCCUGUGUCUGUGCCAGGCACCUGGGGAUGCCACCACUGUGGCCGCAGCCCUGCGGGUCUGUGACAUGGGCCUGCUGAUGGGGGCGGCCAUCCUUGGGGACAUCCUCCUUAAAGUCGCUGCCAUCCUUCAGGCACACCUCCCUGGAAAAAGGCCUGCCCACGGCUCCACCCCGGAGCAGCCCUGCCCAAAGAAAGCAAGGACGGACCAUGGUUCGAUUCCAGAUGUGACGUUAGAAAGAACAGUCCCCCGGCUGCACUGCCCAUCCCUCCAGCAUUUCAGGGAGCAGUUUUUGGUUCCAGAGAGGCCCGUGAUCCUGAGAGGCGUGGCUGACCACUGGCCGUGCAUGAAGAAGUGGAGUUUGGAGUAUAUCCAGGAGAUCGCUGGCUGCCGAACCGUCCCGGUGGAAGUUGGUUCCAGGUACACAGACGAGGAAUGGUCCCAGACACUCAUGACGGUCAGUGAGUUCAUCAGCAAAUACAUCGUGAAUGAGCCAAGGGACGUCGGGUACCUUGCUCAGCACCAGCUCUUUGACCAGAUCCCGGAGCUGAAGCAGGACAUCAGCAUCCCCGACUACUGCAGCCUGGGCAAUGGGGAGGAAGAGGAGAUCACCAUUAAUGCCUGGUUUGGUCCCCAGGGAACCGUCUCCCCGCUCCAUCAGGAUCCCCAGCAUAACUUCCUAGUCCAGGUGAUGGGGAGGAAGUACAUCCGGCUGUAUUCCCCGCAGGAGUCAGGGGCUCUGUACCCUCAUGACACGCACCUUCUCCAUAACACGAGCCAGGUGGACGUGGAGAAUCCCGACCUGGAGAAGUUCCCCACGUUUGCCAAGGCUCCAUUUGUGUCCUGCAUCCUGUCGCCUGGAGAGGUCCUGUUCAUCCCGGUGAAACACUGGCACUACGUGCGAGCUCUGGAUCUGAGCUUCUCAGUCAGCUUCUGGUGGUCAUAGCCAGGAUAGGAGCCGAAAGGGCCUGAUGUGCAGACAGCAUUCAUCUGUUCACGGAUUUCCUGCUCGGUGGCCCCCCUGCUGCUACAGAGACAAGCAGGACCGAACCUGUGCCCUGAGGAGACUUCACUGCCCAGUGGCAGCCCUGAGGGGUCCAGCUCCAGCGCGGGGCAGGCACAAAGUGGGGGCUGCCCAGAAAGGGGCAAACUCCAGCCCGGGAGUGCAUGGCACAGGAAGGUGGGGAGAGCCCACAAGGACAUGGCAGGCAGGCAGCCUGCCCAGGGGUUCCAGCAUCAGAAAACCUAACAUGCUUGGGAAACAGGUGGCUUCCACGGGCAGGGGUGAAAUGUGGGCUCUGAGGUGGCUAAGGCAGGAGGAUCGCUUAAGCCUUCCAAGUGGAGGCUGCAGUG